AGGUCGUCCUCGACGUUGGGCUCGUGGCCGCGAUCGUAAAGGUGAGCCAUGCUUGACAGGGCCGCGCUCGGCCAGAAGAAGCGCCUGGACCUGCUGCUGGCCUGCCACGCCUCCCUGGCGGCCGUCAGCGGCUCUCUCGCGACCCUCUUCCCGCACGUGUUCGGCUUCUUCUUCGGCGAGCAGUGGCACGGCUCAUUCCGCUUCAACCCCGACGACGGUCAGGUCAAGAUAACCCACGUGGUAAUCCGGCUGUACGGCUCACUCAUCCUUGGGCAGGCUUUUGUCGCGUGGGCGGUCCGGCAAUCGGCCGAUGGGCAUCUGCGGAGGGGCAUCGUCCGAGCCUACUGCCUGGUAUUCACCCUGACCAUGCUGGUGCUUCUUCGAUCCCACUUCACGGACGAACAUUGGCACUGGUUCAAUUUGGCAAACAUCAUCUUGUUCGCAGGGUUGGCGGCCUUUUAUGGUUGGUUCUGCUACUUCAGUCCGCCGCCCGUGUUUGAGGGCCUGGACAAAGCAGUGAGCUAGCACAGGCACGGCACAGGCACGGCUUCUGCGCCCCGGCCGGCCAUUUGAUGCUCGCCCGAGCCAGGCAGUCUUGAGUAUGAGAGCCGCGAGGUCGCGCCAGUCACUUGCUUCGCUGAGGUCUCUGCUGGCAAUCAUCGCAUAUGACUACCUUCUGACAAAAGGGAUGUCGCCACGGGCCCCAAGAGCAGCAUGCGAGGCUCGGGCCCUCCGCUGUCCGUGCGGGAAUGCAUGAGCAUCGGCCGCGGCAACUCCGCAUGCGGGCAGUGGCGUGGGCAGGUGGCUCAGUUUGACCUGCAAUGGAUUCGCAUGGUUGUUUCAAUGCUUUGACCCUGGCCUCAUGCCACGUUCCUCGAACAAGGGACAGCUCUGGAAGCUCCGAGGGGUCGAGCGACAGUAACAAAUCACCCUCAAGGGAGAGUCUUUCCCUCCAAGGAGUGGUUGCACUUGAGGGUUCUUAUUUCUCUUGUUCAGGUAGUGGCAAAGGCUUGCCUGCCGGUUUGGGAGCG